GGGGUGCGGCGCCUGGAGGAGCAGUUUCUCCGGCUCCAGGAGGUGACACUGAACCAUCUCCAGAGCAUCGCCAGCAACUACAACAUCUCCUACAACAUCGAUGGACGUUUCCAGGCUCUGGCGGAGCAGGCGGAGGCGGCCGACGCUGCCCGGGCCGCCCUGGGUGCCGAGCUGGCCCGCCUGGCCACCGCUGGCCGGCGGCUGCACCGCAGGCUGAAGAGGCUGGAGGGGACACGGAGGCGGUGGCGGCAGCACCGGCGGCAGGAAGGGCUCUGGCUGCCGGCUGAUGCCGGGGCUGGCGGAGCACCGGGGGAGGAUGAGGACACCCCUCGCGAUGCAGCACCAGGACCCCAGACCACGGCACCGGCGCUCCCCACGGUCCCCCAGGAGCAGCCCCCGGUCCCGCAGCAGCCCGGCGAGGGCGGGUACAGCCCCCCCGCCCCGCUGCCCACCUCCCCCGCCUGCCGCACCGGUGCCGUCCUGCUCUUCCCCAGCACCUCCGCUGAGCACAGGGCCGUCCUGCGGCUGGGGCCACACCGGGGGCUGCGGGCGAUGUCACUCUGUGCCUGGCUGGCCACCCCAGCCCCUCGCCUCGGUGCUCUCCUCUCCUACGCUCACGAGGACGGGCACAGCGAGCUGGCCGUGCGUGGCCAUGGUGGCGAUCGCCCCGGCUCUGCACGUUUCAUCCUGGGGGACGGGCAAUUUCGGGAGCUCCCGGUGGUGCCGCUCCUGGAUGGCAAAUGGCACCACCUGUGCCUCACCUGGUCCUCCGGCCAGGGCCAGUACCGCUUCUACGUGGACAGGAGGCUGCUGGCUGCCGGCUCCCGCUUCCAGCAGGGCUAUGAAAUUCCCGCUGGCGGCUCGCUGGUGCUGGGCUGGGAGCAGGACGGCCCCAACAUGGACUUGGGCACUGCAGAAGCUUUUGUGGGUCACCUGGCUGGCUUCGCUCUCUGGAGACGGGCUCUCCUGCCCGGGGAGGUGGCCAGAAUGGCGACCGGGCGGGGGCUGCCCCGUGGCCCCCUCCUCUCUCUGGCCGAUGCCUCCCUGCAGGGCGGGGUGCGGAGGGUGGCGUGUCCCUGCCUCCAGCGCUGCCUUUGACAGGCUGACAGCAGGAAUGGUGCUGGCUACCUGCGGUCACGGCUGGCUCAUGGUGCCGCUUCCCACACGAGCUGAAUCCUCCCAGGGUGACGGGACACCCAGCAGGGAGGGCGUCUCAGGACCGGCACCAUCGGAGGAGGGAAAAAGGGAAAGGGGUCUUGGCAGCCAGUACGGCAGAGGUGGGACCAAAGCCAGAGGAUGUACUGCCCAUCGUUCCUAUUAAAAUGCUCCGAACAUUAGGGGAAACAUAAUUUAUCUGUCCUGGUCAUUCACUGCAACUCACAGUGCCGCUCACAGCCGGGCAGGAGCU